ACGAGCCUGACAGACUGAAUCAUUUCUGCGUGAAUCUUCCGUCCUCUGGUUUAUUUGCAACCCAGAAGCAGGUCUGGCAGUUCAGAGAAGCCGGGGGCGGUCUCACAAAUGCCGCAGUAAAAUAAGCUGAUGCUGGAACUGCACCGGCGUCUUGUAUCGUGAAUUAAUAUAGGGAAAAAUCAUAUACUGUACAUACUAUGAAGGUUUCCUAGAAAUAAAUAGACAAAGGAUAUUCGCCAUCCAGUUUUUGCAGGGACUUUUACACGAGAUUGACCAUGGAGCAGGGUCCAAGCCAGGACGCCACUGACUUUAAGUCCCUGCGGGCCAAGUUUCAGGAAGAGGCAGCUGUGAAACAGAUAACAAGCAAACCUGCUCUUCCAGAGAAACCGAGUCAGAUUCCCCCUCCCGGGGGCCGCUCCUCCAUUCUGACCUCCAUCAAUUUAGCCAUGGAGAACAAGAUGCCAGUCAUACCAAGAGUGGUCUUCAAAGAUGACAAUAAGGGGUUAAGCAAGAAGCGGCCAGAAUGUCAGCCCAUGUCCCCCACAUCCCCCACAUCCCCCAAAGGCAAAGAGGAUGAUAAAAAGCCCAUGUUCAGUGCAGAGGUCCAGGAUCUGAACCAGAAGGAUGAGGUCUGCAUGGUGAAGCCGGCCCAUAAUGAUAAAAAGAUGCCUCUCGUGUCUGCUAAAGAAGGUAAAGCCAGCUCAGGCCCGGCACUGCUCACUCCUGCCAAAAGUCCUCCGCCUAAAUGGGAAAAUCCAGCCGUCAGCUCAACACCAACCUUAAAUCCUGACAAGGAAUCCCCCCAAACCAGUAAAGGCUCCACCAGUGCAGCCUGCGGGACUGCAGAGCCACGAGCCACGACACCCGCCAAAGCCUUCACAGAGACCCCGACACCCGCCAAAGUCUUCACAGAGACCCCGACACCCGCCAAAGCCUUCACAGAGACCCCGACACCCGCCAAAGCCUUCACAGAGACCCAGACACCCAAAAAAGCCUUCACAGAAGCCCAGAAGCUGGGUGAAAGCCAGGGGACCUGCUUUCCCAAAAAGGAUCACCCUGCUGCAGCUGAAUCCACAAAACCGAAGGCUGAACUUGACCCUGUUUUAUGCAAGACCCUACCUUGUGACAAGCGUGUUCUGAGAGCUCUGGAGAAAGCUAAGAUGAAGAUCUCCCCAGCUCAGCCUUUUGCCAGCAUACCCCAAGAGGAGGUGGAUAGCAAUCUGCUGGUUCUGCCCCCCAUAGACUAUCAGGACCCACUGGUGGAAAGCUGCACCCAAACCUGCUCUGAUUCUCCUCCAGCUGCUGAGAUUAACGGUUCAUCUCAAACACAAGAAGAGUCAGUCCUUGAAGAUCCAGCUUUUGUGAUGUCGCAAAUUGAAGGUCCAGACCACGAAGUGGUAGCUUCAGAUUUUCCAGAUCAUUGGACACCAGAGUUUAACCCUGAAGAAUCUCAGGCCCCUGAGUUUGAAGCCGCAGAACCUGAAGUUACGGACUGUGAGGUUCCAAAAUUUGAGCAAUCGGGCCAUGGAGAAUUGGAACACAAUGAUCCACUUGCUGAGAUGACUGGGCCCAUCGCUGACCAUUUGCCAGUAUCUGGGGUUCAGACUCCAAAUGAAAGCCCUGUCAGUCACAAAGAUGCUCAGGACAAGAAGAAGACCCGCAAGGGUCUAAAUGGGCGCAAACGUAACGGACACCCCAAAAACCCCUAUGAAACACAGGCAAUGACCCCAGAUGUCUCCAGGAAUUCGUGGUUCCGAAAAUCCCGCCAGGAGAAGAGCGAGCAGAAAGGUGACCCCAGUGGACCGGGAGAGAAAGAGCUGAGGAAGAAAGACAAGCAGCGUUUGGAGAAGGAGAAGAAGGAGCAGAAAAAGAGGGAGAAGAAAGAGAGCACGCUGAAGAAGAAGUUCCAGAUUACUGGGCAGGAGGAGGUCAUAUACCAGGCUAAGGUGACGGUGGCCAGCAAAGGCCGUAGGAACAGCCUGGCCGUGAAGAGCGGGGACAUCAUCAGCAUCAUCCGCACCACCAACUGCCCGAAGGGGAAGUGGCUGGCGAGGAGCGCGGACAACAACUAUGGCUACAUCUCCGUGGAGGGGAUCGAGCUGGACAUCCAGGAGAUGAUGGAGCUGGGAAAGAAGGCGGCCCAGGCUGCAGGCCGCGGACCAGUCAACGGAGAGACCACCAGCGUGGGCAGCAGGUCCUCCAAUCACUUUCCCCUGUCCGGUGGCAGUUUUUCAGAUGACAGUGAGGAAUGGACGUACGACGAUGAGGAAGCCAUGUCCCCCACACUGCCCAAGGAACCUGAACAUUUCUCAGCACCUGAAAUAAAGCGGCACUCCAGCCUCGUGGAGACCCAGCACGAUGGCAGCAUGGAGAAUAACGUUACCCACCUGGAAGCUCUUCAGAAGUUGGCCACAUUCUUCCAGAACCAGAAGGUGACAGAAAGCAGCCCAUCAGUAAGAAGUGAACCAAGCAUCACAAAUGAUGAAAACGAGCCGUCAUCCCUCCGUAACCAGGAAGAGGAAACGGUGAUGGACAUCAUUCCUCCUCCUGAUCUCUAUGCCGACACCUUGGACUGAUCUGCUUAGUGAUUCUGCAGUUUGUGUUGGCAGACCGCUGUGAGUCUUGACAGAUGGUUUCCACCAGGGGGCGUCGGUAUAGAAGUUACAGGUGUCAUCUGCUAUGAGGAAAUGCUCUCAUCUCAUCAAGAGACCCGAGUUACUGACGAAGAAUAGAAGUACCGCGUUGUUUUUCAAGCCAUUUAUGAAUUUUAGCUUACAAAAAGGAAUAACCAAUGUAGACUGUUUGGACUCAGGACUGCAUUCAGCCCCAGAAGGCAGGAGUCAUUGAUUUUACUAGAAACAUGUGGCAAACACCCUGAAAACAGAAUAGUGUUUCAAUAUGGCUACAAAACACAGAAACCCAAAGACCCUUUAAUAUCUGUAUAUAUGGUGAUUCCAUAACAUGAUCAUUUUUAUUCAUUCUCUUUAAAUAUUCUACUUUUAUAUGUAAUACAUAAAAAAUUCUAAUUGAGACAUGGAAAUAAGCUUUAAAUAAGUAUUAACAAUGUUUUACAUAAGUAUUAGUACUGGGGAUGAAACAGAUUAAAUGAAUGCCAGAA